AUGCAUCAACGCUACGGAGAUAUUGUACGAGUCGCCCCUGAUGAGCUCUUUUUCGCUCACCCAGAUGCCUGGUCGGACAUCCACAAGAAAACCGGGAAGGCGAUGGAUAAAGCACGAUGGUUCUACCGGCCUCUAGAGGUGACUCCACGAUCCAUUGUGGACGAAAGCCACGAGCGGCACAGCCGGCUGCGGCGACAAAUGGCGGCUGGAUUCUCAGAGAAAUCUAUGCGAGACCAGGAGCCGAUCAUCCGGGGUUAUGUGGACCUCCUGCUGCAAAGACUGCGGGAAAAGAGCAAUGACGGUCAGCCCGUUGUCAUCUCAGACUGGUUCAACUACACUACGUUUGAUAUAAUUGGUGACCUGGCCUUUGGGGAACCUUUUGAAUGCCUGAAGUCUUCUAAGUAUCAUGGGUGGAUCAGAAGUGUUUUUGAAUCCUCUCGCCCCCUAGCUGUGGUGCAAGCUCUCUCGUUCUUUCCAUGGUUGAAACGAAUUGUCCUAGACAUGGUCCCUAAGGAUCUGCAAGAAACUUUCAAGAGACAACAACGGCAUACAGAAGCCAAAAUGCGGCGGCGCAUGGCUGUCACUGGAAACCGGGUGGAUCUGAUGGAAGGAUUGCUCAAGAAGAAAGACGAAUUUAACCUGAGCAUUGACGAGCUUAUUACCAAUGCUCAAGUCCUCAUCCUCGCAGGUUCAGAGACGACUGCAUCCCUCCUCAGCGGAGUUAUCUAUUUACUGCUCCAGAAUUCGGUGGCCUAUCAGCAGCUAGUUGAUGAGGUGCGCUCAACUUUCAGCAGCGAGAAAGAAAUCAACUUUGUCAGUGCCAGCCAACUCUCAUACAUGCUGGCUUGCCUGAAUGAAGCUUUGCGCAUGUAUCCACCAGUGGCGAACGGUCUGCCGCGUGUCGUUCCUAAGGGAGGAGCCCAGAUUCUGGGGCAGUAUAUUCCAGAACAGACAUAUGUGGCUAUCCCCCAGUGGGCGCUCUACCACCGCAAGGAAUACUUCGCUGAGCCUAUGGAUUUCCACCCUGAGCGCUUUCUUGGUGAUUCUAGGUUUGCGAAUGAUCGACGAGAUGCGCUGCAACCAUUCAGUGUUGGCCCACGAAACUGCCUUGGACGGAACCUUGCAUACGCCGAAAUGCGUUUAAUCCUCGCCCUUAUCAUUUUUAACUUUGACAUGAAGAUUGAUCCUGACUGUCGUGACUGGAUCCAGCAGAAAAAUUUUACCCUCUGGCAGAAGCCUCCACUUAAAGUCUACCUGAAGCCAGUUGCAAGGAAGUCAGAGCCGUAA